AUGGCCUCCCCGAAUUCCCUCUCUGCUGCCUACACCAGCGGUCUCUAUCAACAACCGUCCCGACCGAUGACCCGAUCCACGGUUUCACGUUCGGGCUCCCGACGUGCCUCCCCAGCCCUGCAGUACGCCGAGGCCAGAACAUCCGCCCCAAGACACUACUCUGGCGACAGCUCCGAUGAUGAGGUUCCCGAGCCCAAGUUCAGUGCUUCGGUGAAGGCGCUUUUGGAUGGAGAUGGUCUGGGGUCUUCGCCGCAUCUGCACAAGGGUCAACAUCAACAACAAGCGUCGUCAUAUGAAAGGCGCUCGGCCAUGGGCUCUCGGCAACAUAGCCAAUCGCCGCGAAAUACAUCUCCCCACGACCAGUCCAAUGGAAGCCCUGCCCCCCGUGUUGUUCGAAUUGGUGCUAUCUCAUCGUCUUCGAGAUUCUCCCGCGAAGGCUCCCCGCUGUCGAACAGCCAAAGUGCCGAGUCUGAAGCUCAAGACCGGCCCAAUGACUUCAUAACUCCCGCUCCCCGACCGCGGAGUGUCCGAAUCCAUGCUUCGCGUAGCGGUACGCGCUCGCCAUCAUCGAUUUCACCAUCGUUGGUCAGGUCAACGGAACGGCAGUCGGGUGAUGAGUAUGGCAGUGGUGACCGGUCUGAUAGUGAUCGGAAAUCACGUUACGAUGAUGAUCCGGUGUCCAGAAUUGGCACCUCAUCGGUCCUACGCGGCCGCCAUGGGGACGAUGCGGGACCCCAGAGCUCUCUGCGAGUAAAGCGGGUCGGGCGCCUCACUGGUACAUUCUUGAAUGGACCUGCACGAAGAGGAGUGAUGCGGCGGCAGAGUGAAGAGAAUAAUGAAGAUAAUUACCUAUUGAAUGACGGCAUCCGCGAGCACGAGGAGCCACAAGAUGUCAACGCUGAAUACCAUCAAGCUCGAGGAUCAGCGAAACCAUCAUCACCCAAAGUUUCUUGGGCAACAGAUCCGAGCCCUCCACAUGACAAUGAAAAACAAUACCCUCGCGCAGAUCGACCUGCGAGCCGUGCUGCCGGUGAAGGUCCCUUCUCGCGAUCCUCCUCGCCCAGGUCAUAUGGAUCCCAAUCCAAAUCCACACCGGGGUCCUCGGAAGUGUCUUCCUCUAGAAUGUCCAGCGCGAAAGAGCAGCCUGCCUUCAAGGUACCGUCAUUACCACCACCAUUACCCUCAACGAGGGAUCAAGAGAAUGAACCACCACCAACUUUCAAACGCACCAAACCGCAGGGUCUCAACUUAUUAGAUAAACCCGAGAAACUUUCCGUCGUAUAUGACAGCGACAAGAAAGAUGCCGCAGAGACCCCGGCAGGGAGCUCACCCCGCAAAAUUCUUGCGACUCGAAGCAACAAUACACCACACCGACCGGCUCCACCACCACCAAAGAUGUCAGUGCUCGAGACUGCCACUGCCACGGGUGGUGCUUCCACGUCACAAUCUCGAAAGAAGCGGACGCAAGUGACGAUUAAUCACAAGCACUUCACUCGUCUUGAUUGUAUUGGUCGCGGUGGUAGUUCCCGUGUUUACCGUGUCAUGGCCGAGAAUUAUAAGAUCUUUGCUCUCAAACGAGUGAACCUGGAAGAUGUCGACCCUAUCACCUUGACUGGGUACAAGGGCGAGAUAGACCUUCUCAAAAAGCUCGAAAAUGUGGACCGCGUGGUGCGUUUAUUUGACUGGGAACUCAACUCUGACAAACAUUCCCUCAGCGUUCUGAUGGAGAUUGGUGAGUCGGAUCUUGAGAAGAUUCUGACUUACCGUCUUAAUGCCGAGGAUGCUACUUUCGAUAUCAAUUUCACCCGUUAUUACUGGAAAGAGAUGCUCGAAUGUGUCCAGGCUGUCCACAACUUCAAUAUUGUCCACUCCGAUUUGAAGCCAGCCAACUUCCUCAUGGUCCAGGGUCGAUUAAAACUGAUCGACUUUGGCAUUGCCAAUGCAAUUCAAGAUAACACCGUUAACGUCCACCGGGAGCAACAAGUUGGCACACCCAACUACAUGUCCCCAGAGGCCCUGGUUGAUUCUAAUGCAUCUCUUGGCCUGCCGGCUAGUGUGGGCAAAAUGAUGAAACUGGGCAAGCCUAGCGAUGUCUGGAGUUUGGGCUGCAUCUUGUACAAGAUGGUGUAUGGCCAGCCUCCCUUUGCCAAGAUUGCCAAAUACUACGAGCGCAUUAUGGCAAUUCCCAAUCCCCGUGUGCAGAUUGAUUUUCCCACGCACGGUGUCGGCGGUGUUCCGGUCCCCCCUGGAUUAAUCAAGACCCUGAAGCGAUGCCUCCAGCGUGACCAGACUCUUCGCCCGAGCAUCGAAGAGAUGCUAGGCCCCCGCGAUCCUUUCCUUCACCCCGAUGCCCAGCUUGAGGGUGCUGUCCCUGUCACGCAAGACAUGCUUGGUCGCAUUCUGGCCAAUGUUGUCAACCAUUGCAAGGCCCGUGGCGUACCCAGAGAAGAAGAGCUGGCUGCAUGGCCUGCCGGGUUUUUUGCCAAAAUCAAGGCAGCCCUAGAAGAAGAAAAUUCUAGAUGUCCUUGA